CUGAGCAGAGCGAGGAGCGGACAUUGUCCUCAGACAAGAUGCUGGGCUGGAGGCUGUCUCUGCUCCUCGCUGCGGUCACAUUACAUGGCUGUCUCUCUGCCGAGACUGAGGUCCAGGAUGAAAAAUCUACAUCUUUAAGAGAUAUCGUCCAACUCUAUAAUGAGAGGGAAGAGGUCACAUACUUAUAUAAAGCCCUGGACCAGCUCCCCACUGCUCCAUUACAGGAGGAUGAAAACCCCAAAAGAAGAAUCUGCAUCAUGCGGGAGACGGAGUGCCUCAAAUCUGCGAAUCCUGAUUUAUCCCAAUGUGAUUUCAAGCCAGACGGAGAUGUGAAGAUUUGUUCUGUGGAUCUGGGGGAUGAAGAUCCUGAGGACAUUGUGUGCACCAGCCUGACCAAGGAUGUCCGGGUGAAGAGGUCCAGUCGAAAACCCUGCAGGGGGAGGAACUGCCGGCCCAGACUGUCUGGAGGUUACACACUUAUCGGCCGACCCGCAAAGACCAACAAUAAACCUCGGGUCAUCUGGGUGUGAAGAUCCCGGUCACCUGAAGUGACGGCUUCUGAUGAUCCUUCAGCAUAGGAUGUCUCUGAGAUGACAGAGGUUCUGUCUGUGGAAUAUUGUGAUUUCCUUCUGUUGAGGUCAAUAGAUAAAAUUAUAUAAAUAAACUGAGCAACAAAUGAAGUGUUCCU